CCGAAGAUUGUAAUUCGUCAACCGAAUAGACUUGUAUCGUACAUUCAGGCUAGAUAGCGAUCUUACAUCUAACAAAAAUGGCUGAUAAAAUCAAGUCCUUCUUUCAAAAGAAGAAAGCGAAUGCGAAGUUUAUGAAGGCGGGAAAGGGAUACAAAUUGACUGAGUCCACCAGCACUAUAUGUACCCCAAAGGAGUCUAAAGAGCCAGCUAGGAGAGCGGAGCCUACGGAGGAGGCUAAGACAGCAGGCCAAGCUGCUUUAGCAAGAUUCGAGGCGAAAAGAAAUGACAAACCAAGAUUUAAUACAUCGUACGCUGCCAUUCAAGCACGCGUUAAGCGUGAGCUGGAAUUGGAAAGGAAAGCACAGCAGAGUGGACAAGAGGCGGAAACUACGGCGUUGAAAGAGAAGAAGGACAAAGUUGUGGAUCCUUCUAUUUUCGCGGUCACCGAUGUGUUUUUCCGUUGCCCGUAUUUGUCCGACGAGAUAUUGCUGCGGGACGAGUGGAAAAAGAAGAUAAGGGAAUUUCUGUACGAGCAGUUAAUGGGAGAGGAAGCGGGAUUAACGGCGUGUCUGAUUAUUCAAAGCUGCAAUUCUGGAAAAGAGAAAAUCGAAGGCUGUGUAGAAACACUUGGCAAAUAUUUGGACAAUAUUAUUAAUAAUCCCGACGUCGAGAAGUAUUGGAAAAUCAGGAUGUGUAACAGAAUAUUCCAAGAAAAAGUUUUGCCCGUUGAAGGGGCACUAGAUUUUCUAAAAGCAGCUGGUUUUGAUCAGAAACAAUUACUGCAUAAUGAGAACGAAGAAGAUUUCUUAGUAUGGAGUCCCGAUAAUUGUAACAUCGAGAAUCUUACAAUGUUAAAUGAAGCAUUAAGAUCCGCUGAGCCCAUUCCUAUCGAGUUGGACAGGAACUUACAAGUAUUAAUGCCUAGUCAGGCUCGCGUGAGAAAUGAAUUGCCACCCAGCUUCUUCACAAUAACUCCCGAAGAGAUAAAAAAGGAACAACAGUUGCGGACGGAGGCUGUGGAAAGGAACCAAAUGUUAAGAACGAAAGUUAUGAGGGAGAAGGAUGAGCAGCGUGUACUUAGAAGAUAUAAAUUCACGGUGCUUCGCAUUAAAUUUCCAGAUGGAAUAAUAUUACAAGGUACUUUUUCGGUAUACGAGAAGUUCCAGAAUGUAAUCGAAUUUGUUGCUGAAAAUUUAGUCGACGACAGAGUGUCCUUUUUGCUGAUAACACCGGACGGGAUUAAGCUGAUAGAGGAAUGUCAUGUAAAGACGCUUUUAGAAUUACGAUUAAUUCCUACAGCUAUAUUGGAAUUCUCUUGGAGUGUGACCGACAAAGAAAGUAUGCCUAAGAGAUAUUUAAAAGAAGAUGUUCUUUCUUAUAUACAAGCAGUCUGAAAAGAAGUUCUGCUAACAGAUAACAAUUCAAAGCUUUUUAAAAUAUAUUUUCUCGACACUUUUAGUAUUAUUGUAUCAUAAUUUUCUGGUCAUUCCACUGUUUUUGGAGAAUUUUUUCUAAUAUAUUGUGCAUCCAUUUUUCAUAUAUUGUUUAUAUCGAAAUCGCAAUUGUAAAAAAAGUAAAGGAUCAAGUAUAAUUAAGCUGAUUAAAUUUUCAAUAUAAAUACAUUUAUUAUUGAAAUAUGUACAUUAAUUGAAUUAUCUGUAACAUAAAUAAAUGUAAAGAAAAUCCACUUACCAUGUAAUUUUACUGUAAGUUUUAACUUUAUUGGUAUAAUAUAUGUAAAUAAGCAUUAAUAAUAUUUAUUCAAUCCUAUGUAUUUUGCGACAUAUGUUUUUCCUGCGAUCAUAUUUAUUUAAAAUAAUCCUGCUGCUUAUCUAAUUAGAGAAUACAUGGUAUAAAUAAUGAUUAUACAAUAAAUCACAUAUACGGAGCAAGUAUAAUUAUGUAUGCACAUUGGCAUGUACAUAUCAGGAAUAGUAUUCUACGUUCAGAUUUUG